AUGUGUGAGUCCGCACAGGACUUCGGCGUCGUUGCAAUUGUGUUGCCCAACCCACAAUAUGACCCCUCCACUGGCGCCCGCAUUGUCAAUGAAUCUUAUGGCUUUGCUCUGAGGGCAUCGGGGCUCAUUCGUACUCUGUCUCCCAGCAAUCCUCACCAUUACGAUGUCAUCCAAGGCCUUCUAUAUUCUCCCGCCCUUCCGCCCUCGAGUCCUUGUGACAACUCCACCAGAUCCCUAAUUCCGGCCAAUGCCACGACACGGGCCCAGAUACCUCCGGGCGAUUAUCCAUUGAUUGCGUUGGCGCCGUGGACGGAGCCAGAGUGCGUCAACUCCUACCUCUCCGCCAUGCGGUCCGACCAGGUCCGAGGAGCAAUAUUCUUUCAACCGGGAAACUCGAAUUCACAACCUCCUCCCGUCAGCGAUCGCUCCUGGAGUCUUAGUGACGGUGGACAAUGGAAGUCGACAAACCAGUAUCCAGUAUAUGCCAUUCCUGGGAUGCUGGGAUCUUUCCUUCUAAAUGAGCUAGCAGAUUACUCAGGGAACAUGUCAGAGGUACCAUUUGGCAGCGAUCUGGUACAGAUCUACAAUCCUCACGAUACUAUCCGGCUGUAUGCAAGAAUGGAUGUCAGCACCGGCACCGGCAUACCUUCGCUAUGGGUAUUUUUGAUUAUCGUCCUGGCCAUCCUUCUGGCGGUGGUCUUAAUGACGUCCAUCGUCAUGCACAUGAUCCAACGAAGACAACGACGCGUCCUCCAGCGGCGAGUGGCGAAUGGAGAGGUUGAUCUGGAGGCGCUAGGGAUCAAGAGGCUGCAAGUACCACAAGAGCUGCUUGACAAAAUGCCAAAGUAUACCUACAAUGCGAGCUCGGAGCCAGACAGCAUCAAUGGCGACGGCCCAAAUGAAGCUGUCGAGCCUGAAACGGUGGAUGCAGUCGAACCCGAAGUGCCAAAGUCGGCGCACGCUGAUGCAAAGGACGUCGAGAGUGCAAUCGCCCCCGCCAUUGUGGUGCGGCCCGUUGCGUUUUCUCAGUCGACUUGUCCAAUUUGUCUUGACGACUUCAUAAGUGGAGAGACCGCUGUUCGCGAACUGCCCUGCAACCAUAUCUUCCAUCCAGAGUGCAUCGAUCCCUUUCUCCGCGACAACAGCUCAUUAUGUCCACUGUGCAAGAAAUCAUCACUUCCACCGGGAUACUGUCCCGUUCAAGUCACAAACCUCAUGGUUAGGCGGGAAAGACUAAUGCGGAGGAUGCGGCAACGAGGGAGGAGCCUACCAGAAAACUCAUCAUUGGCCAUUCACGUGAAUCGACUUCCCGCCCCAAUUCUUGCGAUACCCGGCCGUUCUGUUCGGCGCAUUUCCAUACCGAUGAUUUCUCCCCAGAUUCCCAUGGAUCAGGCGGGAAGUGCGACUUCACCUAUGGACACUGGACCCCUCGGUCGCAGGCGAACCACGACGGAAGACGAAAUCCCGGCUGAUAUUCGAGCUCAGGGUGUGUCCGCAAGGAGAGCGUGGCUACGUGAAAGACUGGCGCGCCGGGAAGCUCGCAGUUAUGAACAGCGGGCUGACGAAGGUCUGGCGGCGGAGGAGUCGAGACCCCUAUGGCGCAGGAUUGCAGGUCGCCUCUUUUCCAGUCUUUGA